UCUGGGAAAGGUGUAGCACAGUCCAGCGGUGUACUCUGGAGAACUCUGCUCGGUCUACCUCCAGCGUCCAGGAUCCAGGAACCAAGAGAGCCGGUACAUCGGAUCUCGGGUCUUCAGGGUCCUCUCUCAGCCCCGCCUUUUAGGCGUGACAGUUACCGAAGCCUCAAUGGGGGUUGGAACUUCCAGAUCAAAGCUGGAAUGGCUACCCACUACAGCUUUCAGAGGACCCCCAGCAAGUGCUCUUAACCAUUAAGCCAUCUCUACAGUCUGUUGGGCAUCUUGUCUUUGAAUGGAUUAAGUUUUGUGCAGGCCUAGUUCCUUUAAUACUCACUUAUUUUAAUUGUGGGGUGUGUGUAGCGUGGGUGUGCAUACACAGACACACAUACAGGUAUAGAGUCAGGAAAACCCAUGGGGUUCCAGGAAUCAACUUGGAAUUUCAGGCUUGGUGGUAAGCAGCCUUAUGCAGCACUGAGCAAUCUCAUUGGCCUGAGGUCUCGUUUGUUUCUGUCACAACUUCUAAUGUGGCCUUCAAGUGUCAAGAGGUGUUGCUGUGGCCCACCUCCAUCUCCUCACUUGGAAAUGGGUUCCCCUGAUUGCCUGGUCACUUGCAGUCAGCUCCUGGUGCACGCCUACUGCCCCCAACAGUUUAGUCAGUGCCCUGCACUCCUGACAUGACAUCUUGGCAGCUCUGCCCUGUGGCUCAGGAGUGCUUAUCAGAGCCUGUGACUCCUGCCCAGAAACCUGGUGAUUCCAACUCCUCUGGGCUCUCAGCCUAGCAGUGAGUCUGCCUUGAAGCCCUUUCUUUGGGAGCAUCCUGGAGCCAGGUCUGCAAGGUCUCCGGAGAGAACAUCAGAGGCUCGAGACUUCAGCAGUAAGCUAGACAAUCACUUUGGUUGGAAGCAAAAUUGCUAACAUUUAUAGAGCACUUAAUUGUGUGUGCCAGCCUUUGAGCAUUUUAUAAACACUGACCUCCUAAACGCUCCAAUCAGCACCCGGAGAAAAUUAUUUUACUGUAAGUGGGGACGGGAAGACUCUAGAGAGUUUGGUAACCUGCCCUGGCCCCCUCGCAUCUGGGGUGGUCACCUUAAACUCUAGGCUUAAAACUACUGACCAUCACCACUGAACCUGGUAUGGUGGUGUGUACCUUUAAUCCCAGCACUCAGAAGUCAUAGACAGGCAGAUCUCUGAGUUUGAGGCCACACUAGUCUAUAAAGCAAGUUCCAGGACAAAGAGAAACCCAGAUUCCAAAAAGCAAAACAACAAUAAAAAGUAUGGACCACAAGCCCAUAGGAUCUCCAAAUGCUGCAGGAGAGACUUUGGGGAGAUCAGUAAAGAAAUGGAUAUGAACAUGAACAGGGAAGGGCAGAGACAGCAUAGGACCCAGUCUUAGCUCUUCAGAAAAUGCUAGCACUCUACUCUGCCUGCUAGGAUUGGCAGGCAGCUGCUGCCCCCUCUCCGGGGGUGGGGUGGGGGGGUUACUCCAGGACCUGGAGGAUCAGAGCUGGGGAUGCAGCCAGAUCAGGAGAUGCUCCAUCAGUGACUUCCCAGAGCUGGGACCCAGCCCAUGCAGCUGGUUAAAUCCAGGUGGCCUCAAAGAGAUCUCCCCGCCCCCCACCCCCACAUACCCCUUUCUCCCUGAGGGCCUCUCCCUCAUAAGUGCUGAGCCCAAGGGCCUGACUAUCCCCAUGGGCGGAGAAAAGAGGGCUCUUCCCAGUCCAGUAAUAGACCCAGAAGAUUCCAGGAGAUGAGUGUGACGGCUGUCCUGAGCCCUGGGCCAACUGAUGUCCAGGUUAGGGCAGCGCUGGGGCUCGGAUCCCAGCCUGGAAGGUUGGACUCCGCGUCGACCCCUCUCUAGCUCUUCUGCCACUCACUGGCCAGGACAAGCCAGGAUUGGGGAGCCCAGAGGGUGCAGGUAAAGGGCUGAGUGCAAGGCGGGUGACAGCGAGAGCCGGUGGCGAGGGUGCGGCACGUAGGAGACUAGAAGACGUAGCUGUGGUAGGGUUAAGCGCCCGGGGAGGGGGCUUUUGAGGGUGGGAAAGGGGGGGGUGUCCCAGCCUGAAGGCCAACCGCUCGGUCCCCCGGCUGCCACCACUUCCGUGACCCAGCCCGUACCCGCGCGAGGCGGCGCGGGAGACCUGGCCGCAGCCAAAGCCGCAGCCGCAGAGGGGGCAGACAGUAAGUGAGGAGCAGGCGCGGGAACGUGGGCUGGAUAUCGGGGCCGGGAGCUGGGAGGCGACCGGCAGAACGGGACACCCACCUCCCGCGCGUGGAUGCCCUCCUCGAGUGGUGUGACGGUGCGUCCCGUCGCGGGUCACGCUCGGAGGCGUCGGCUGACUACUGCUCCCCAGGAGCUCCCUGCUCCUCCUUCCCAGGCAGGAAGCGGAGCCGGACCUGCCUCUGGAAGGGCCAUGCGCAGCACCACACUCCUGGCCCUGUUGGCACUGGUGCUGCUUUACUUGGUAUCCGGGGCUCUAGUGUUCCAGGCUCUAGAGCAGCCUUAUGAGCAGCAGGUUCAGAAGAAGCUGGAGGAUGGCCGAGACAAGUUUCUGAAGGACUAUCCAUGUGUGAGCCAAGAGAACCUGACGAAAUUCAUCAAGCUCGUGGCUGAAGCCCUGGGAGGGGGUGCAAAUCCAGACACCAGCUGGACCAAUAGCAGCAACCACUCAUCAGCUUGGAACCUGGGCAGCGCCUUCUUUUUCUCGGGCACCAUCAUCACUACCAUCGGCUAUGGCAAUACAGCCUUACAGACAGACGCCGGGCGUCUCUUUUGUAUCUUCUAUGCACUGGUGGGGAUCCCGCUGUUCGGGAUGCUGCUGGCGGGGGUCGGGGACCGGCUGGGCUCCUCUCUGCGCCGGGGCAUCGGUCACAUCGAAGCAAUCUUCUUGAAGUGGCACGUGCCACCCGGGCUGGUGAGAAUGCUGUCGGCGGUGCUCUUUCUGCUGAUUGGCUGCCUGCUCUUUGUCCUAACUCCUACCUUCGUGUUCUCCUAUAUGGAGAGCUGGAGCAAGCUGGAAGCUAUCUACUUUGUCAUAGUGACACUCACCACCGUGGGCUUUGGCGAUUAUGUGCCCGGCACUGACCCCGGGCAGAACUCAGCUUACCAACCUCUGGCGUGGUUCUGGAUCUUGUUUGGCCUAGCCUACUUCGCCUCGGUGCUCACCACCAUCGGCAACUGGUUGCGAGCGGUGUCUCGCCGCACGCGGGCAGAGAUGGGUGGCCUCACGGCGCAGGCUGCUAGCUGGACCGGGACAGUGACAGCACGAGUGACCCAGAGAGCCGGGCCCAGCGCCCCGCCACCAGAGAAGGAGCAACCGCUCCUGCCCUCUUCCCUGCCAGCGCCACCUGGUGCUGCUGAGCCAGCCUGCAGGCCGGGGUCCCCUGUGCCCCCAAAGAAGGCCGAGACACCUUCCCCGCCCACGGCCUCGGCUCUGGAUUACCCCAGUGAGAACCUGGCCUUCAUCGACGAGUCCUCAGACACGCAGAGUGAACGUGGCUGCUCCCUGCCUCGAGCGCCUCGGGGUCGCCGCCGUCCCAAUCCCCCCAAGAAGCCCUCGAGACCCCGGGGUCCUGCGCGUCUCCGAGACAAAGCUGUGCCUGUGUAGGGGCCGGAUCCCUGACCCGGGACCCCCCGCCAGUGGCUCCGUUCCUGCUGAUGCCCAGGCAUGUUUGGCUUAUUUGACCAAAGAGCCCUCUUUUGUUCAACGCGAUCGUAACCCUGGGAGGAGUUCAAGGGUUGCCAAAUGGCACCGCUCUUCCCCGGUUGGUUCCUCACACCCAACCAUUUCCAAAUUCCACCAUCCAAAGCUUUCUGUCUCGCUGUCCUGGCCCGGCUUGUCCCUCACACCUCACGACUGUGCCUCAAAACCUGCAUCAAUAAACAAAAAGUCUGCACCACCGAGUGAGUGCUCCUGGGACCCGA